AUGACGGUCGUAGAAAAACGGUCGCAAAAUGGCCGAAUUUUAGUAGUGGAACCCACAUGGAAGUUAGGUGCAUUCAUUAAAAGGGACAGGAGAGAGUGUAGAGUGGAAAUAGGGUACUAUUUAGCAUGGUAUGCUAGGCAGAGGGCUUUCAAGAUGAUUUUUGGGGAUGUAGACUUAGAAUAUGAGCAGGUGUGGGAUUAUGCUGUUUCCAUAUUGAAGUAUAACCCAGGUAGUACAACAGUGGUGAAGGUAGAUGGAGUGCAAAACCCCCAACCUGUUUUCCAAAGGUUGUAUGUGUGCUUGCAAGCCUGCAAGCAGGGAUUCAUGGCAGGAUGCAGACCUAUCUUGGGAGUGGAUGGUGCUCACUUGAAGGGGGCAUAUCCAGGCAUCCUUCUGACAGCAGUAGGGAAAAAUGGCAACAACAACAUCUUCCCUGUAGCCUGGGCAGUUGUAGAGGUAGAAAAUGGAGAGACUUGGACAUGGUUUUUGGAGAUAUUGAGGAAGGACAUAGCAUCAGUUGCAGACAGUGUCACUUGGGUUCAUGAAGCUGAUGAACUCACUUACAUGAGUGACAGGAAAAAGGGUCUAUUGGAUUCAUUUGCUACAGUGAUGCCUGUUGCAGAUACUAGGUACUGUUGUAGGCAUAUUUGGAGCAACUUCAAAAACAAAUUCCCUGGGACUGUCUACAAGGAACAUUUUUGGAAAGCUGCAAGGUCAACCACAGAGCAUAUGGAACAGAUCAAGAAGAUGAGUGCAGAUGCAUACAACUACUUAAAUGCCAUUCCACCUGCUCAUUGGUCAAGACACAAGUUUAGCUCUCACUCCAAGUCAGGGAUGCUAUUGAACAAUUGUUGUGAGAGCUUCAACAAUGUUCUUAGGGAAGCUAGAACAAAGCCUAUUCUACAGCUGAUGGAGUGGUUUGUGCAUAGAGGUUUGCAACAAGUGUCAAACAUGAGGGUUACUCAAGCUGACUUGAUGGAAUUUGAAGUUGAUGACUUAGAAGACACUUAUGUUGUCAACCUACAAACCAAAGCCUGCAGCUGCAACAGAUUGACACUUAUGGGUAUUCCUUGCUGGCAUGCUCUAGCCUGUAUUCAAUUGAGAAGGCUUGACAUAGAGCAAUUCAUUCACCCAGCUUAUCAUGUGGAGACAUACACCAAGACAUAUGCUCCAACCUUUAAAGCAAUGCCAGGUCAUCAAAAAUGGGAAGUCACCCCUUAUCCAAGACCAUUACCUCCUGCUCACAGAAACUUACUUGGAAGGCCUUCAAGUAAAAAGAGAAAGAAAGAAAAUAAGUGCCCUACUCCACCUGUUGAAAAGCCAAAGAGGCCUCCAGGAAAACCAAAGAAAGUUGCAGAAGCAGGGCAACCAAGAGCAGGGCAAGCAGCAGAAGCUAACUCAUCUCAAGCUUCACAACAGUCCAUCUUACUCUCUGCACCACAUGGGACCUAG